AUGGAGCAGAUGGCAGCUGAAACCACUCUGAAAGCUGAAGUGGAAGACAAAGGAGUAGCAAACAUAAAGGCGGAUAACCCUGCAUGGGCUAGAGAAGAAAGAUUCCGAAGAGUGAAUGACUCUGCAGAAGACAAACCAGGGGAAACCAGUGGAGAUCCUAAGCUGCAAGGCAAUAGCCCUUUCCCUCUAAACGAGAGCCAAAGGAAAUCUUUGUCUUCUUCAUCUGGCACGACGAAUGAUCUGACUUCUCCUCCGAAGAGCACCAUGGGAGUUGACUGUGCUGACAUUGUCCUGAACUGCCUCUUCUGCCGGUUUCACAACAUGAUCCCCAUCCUGCCUGAUUGCAGCCAGGGACUCACCAAUCAUUGUUGGGGAAGCUACAGGCAUGUCGACCACACUAGAGAGUCUUUGCACAAUGACGACGAUGACUCUUGUGUGGAGCUGGAUUGUGGUUUGUUUGGGAACUGCCAUGAUGCGAGCGACUGUCUGGAACUGGCUAUGGAGGUUUCUGAAAUAUGCUACCAUUAG